CCAUCUCCGGUCUUUUCACCACUGCAAACACGGAUAUCAGAGCGCGCCCAAAGAAAUGAUCAGAAUGCUGCCAUCUUCAUUUUAAAGGCUUCCAGAAUCAGUCUUGUGCCUAACAAUGACUUCAACUAUCGACAGUGACUCCCAGCCAAACCUCAAUCUCGUUCGGUCAACCUUGGAUGAGGGUGCCAAAUCCCCUCCUGUUGGUGGGCAACAUGUACCGUUAUCCCAGAUUUUGCCCAUCAUCGUUGCGCUUUGCCUGGCGCUUUUUCUCAGCGCGUUGGAAUUGACUGCAGUUUCGACUGCUUUGCCGACCAUCGUGGAUUCCAUUCCAGACUAUCGCUCUCAAGACUUCAUCUGGAUGGGUUCCGCUUACUCGCUUGCUGCGACUGCCUUCCUUCCGUUCACGGGGGCCCUCGCACAGGUCUUUGGAAGGCGUCCCAUCGUCCUCGUGUCUCUUGCUCUUUUUUCUAUCGGAAGUGCACUAUGUGGAUCAGCCAAGGUUGAGGCGCAGAUUCUUGCCGGAAGAGCCAUCCAAGGUGUUGGAGGAGGAGGUAUACUGUCCCUGACCAACAUCGUUCUCGCGGAUCUCGUCCCAUUGCAGAAAAGAGGCAACUAUAACGCGUUUCUUGGACUGACUUGGAGUAUCGCGUCGAUUCUGGGACCAUUCUUCGGUGGCCUUUUGGCUCAGAAGGGAGCGUGGAGAUGGUUAUUCUAUCUCAAUAUCCCAUUAUGUGCCGUUGUCGCUCUGCUGGCUAUUCGGUAUCUCAACUUGAGAACUCCCAAGGAGUCACUGCUUUUCAAGUUGAGACGGCUCGAUUUCGUUGGCAACUUCUUGGUUGUCGGGAGUACGAGUGCUUGUGUCCUUGCACUUACGUGGGCUGGAGCAUCAUUCAGCUGGUCCUCGGUUCAAGUUCUCGUCCCAUUAUGCCUCGGCUUAAGUGGCCUCAUCGCCUUCUUCGCCUAUGAAGGCGUGUACGCGAAGGAUCCGAUGGUACCUUCCUUACUAUGGUCUAAUCGCACAAGUGUCAGUGGCUACAUCCAAACUUUUGUGGUCCAGGCGACACUCCUAUGCUUCAUCUACUACCUUCCCGUAUAUUUCCAAGCUUGCAAGCUAUCAUCACCCCUCAAAUCGGGUUUGGAUAUGUUCGGACUCGCAUUGAGCCUCGCGCCUAUCUCUGUCUUGGUCGGCUUCACCGUCGCCAAGUUCAGAUGCUACCGACCUCAGCUCUGGGUUGGGUGGUCUAUCAUGGUCCUUUCGAUGGGCCUGCUCAGCACCGUAAAGGAAACUAGCCAUCUUUGGCUCUCCAUCGGUUACACGAUUCUCGUCGGCGCGGGUAUGGGAACGGCAUACACAGCGACGAUGUUCCCUGUACUUGCACCAUUACCAGUCUCUGCAAAUGCUCAGGCUGUUGCUCUCGGCAUGUUCCUGCGCUUGUUUGGGCAAGUAUGGGGAAUCACGAUUGGUGGAGCGAUCUUACAGAACGGCCUCGCUCAUCUCCCAGCUGAAGUCUUAGCAAUGCACCCUCCAGGCGGAGAUAUAGCGUAUGGCACCAUCGCUGUGCUGCCAGAACUGCCGCUCGAGCUGCAGGCUGAGGUGCGGUCGCUCUUUGCGAAAUCAUUGAGCACACUUUGGCAGGUCAUGGCAGGGCUUUCUGGGAUCGGGCUUGUGUCUUCUUUGAUGAUGAAGGCGGUACCGAUGCACACGUAUACCGACGAAAGUUGGGGUGUUGUCGAGGGUGAACAGUCUUCUGUUGAGAAAUCCUAGACAACCCAUUUCGCAAUCGAUCAGUAACCUGUAGUAUGACUUUUAUUACGCGUCUCAAAAGCAAUUGACCAAUCUGAGAUUUGGUCUGUGGCGAUAUAGGGUGCAUUCCGUUGAUUGAAUAUUCAUGUUCAUCGGAUUCGUACCAUUACGAAUCGAUGAUUGUUGCGCACCAGUUACUAACGGUUCUGUUUUCUCCUCGUCGUCCAGUUCCUGAAUAAAGAU